GGUCCAAGGAUGCCUCGCAGAGACCAGGAAUACAUCUAUCCCAAAUACUGUCGUUUGAUGCUGAUCCUUUUCAAACCAUGGAGAUCUGUAUCUGAUCUCAAACAAACAACGCAAUCAUGGAUUGAAAGCUUCGAAACAUUUAGACGCACAUGUGAUGAGAAGAUUAUUGCCAUCUUGAAUAACAUGCAGAUAUUGCAUGAAUGCAAGGACAGCCGAGAUGAU